UGAUUAUGAUUAUGUUUAGAGAUGUUUUCCCGCGCUAAAUAACGCAACAAGAGACAGUUGCAGAAGUCUGGUUGUCUGCGUUACUCUGUGUCAUCCGUUUAAGUAUUUUGAAGUUUUUGUGUGAAUUCAGUGCCUUGUACAACUAAGAGAACGUGAAAUUUAAUAAAAAUGGAGGUGGUUGAGGUAGAUCAAAGAAUAAAGGAUCUCGAAAGGGAAUAUGUAGACUUCUUGGACGAUGAGGAGGACCAAGGGAUUUAUGCGAAUUUAGUAAAAAAUAUGAUCGAGGAAAAGAAAUAUCGCCUUUUUGUAAAUAUCAAUGAUCUUAGGAGGAAAAAUUCGGAACGCGCUGCAAGCUUGUUGAAUAAUGCCUUCGAAGAACAAGUAGCAUUUCAUGGUGCUCUGAAACAGUUUGUUAUGAGCAUUGAUACAGAUUAUGCCAAAGGCAAUACUGAAUUCUUUGUUGGCUUUGAAGGAAGUUUCGGCAAUAAGCAUGUUACACCAAGAACGUUGACUUCAAGAUUUUUAGGCAGUUUGGUUUGCGUUGAAGGCAUUGUUACAAGAUGUUCUUUGGUAAGACCAAAAGUUGUCAGAAGCGUUCAUUAUUGCAGUGCAACAAAAACUAUAAUGGAGAGGGCUUAUACAGAUUUAACAUCCUUUGAUGCAUUUCCAAGUUCUGCUAUAUACCCCACUACGGAUGAUGAUGGAAAUCCAUUGGAAACAGAAUUUGGCCUUUCCACAUACAAAGAUCAUCAAACAUUAACCAUUCAAGAAAUGCCUGAAAAAGCACCAACAGGUCAAUUACCACGUAGUGUAGAUAUUAUUUGUGAUAACGACUUAGUAGAUUUAUGCAAGCCUGGAGACAGGGUUCAGAUUGUUGGCAAUUACCGAUGUUUACCAGGGAAGCAAGGCGGCUACACCACUGGAACAUUCAGAACAAUACUGAUAGCGAACAAUAUAACCCAAUUGAAUAAAGAGGCAAAUUUGGUAAUUUCUCAUGAUGAUGUAGCAAUGUGUAAAAAAUUGGCGAAAAUCAAUCCGUGUCAGAAUAUUUUUGAACUUCUGAGUAAAUCAUUAGCACCAUCGAUUUACGGACACGAGUAUAUAAAAAAAGCCAUCCUUUGUUUGCUGCUUGGGGGUGUCGAAAAAAUCCUACCGAAUGGAACUAGACUUCGAGGAGAUAUAAACGUGCUACUCAUUGGAGAUCCUUCAGUGGCGAAAUCGCAGUUGUUGCGUUACGUUCUGUGCACUGCACCGCGUGCUAUACCCACUACUGGCAGAGGAUCCUCAGGAGUUGGUUUAACCGCGGCUGUAACAGUCGACCAGGAAACAGGCGAGAGACGAUUGGAAGCCGGCGCCAUGGUUCUAGCGGAUCGUGGUGUUAUAUGCAUCGACGAGUUUGAUAAAAUGUCAGAUAUAGACAGAACAGCUAUUCACGAAGUGAUGGAACAAGGGCGAGUGACUAUUGCUAAAGCUGGGAUACAUGCAAGUCUUAACGCACGAUGCUCUGUAUUGGCCGCAGCUAAUCCUGUCUACGGAAGGUAUGACCAGUACAAAACUCCUAUGGAAAAUAUUGGACUUCAAGAUUCCUUACUUUCGCGAUUUGAUUUACUAUUUGUUAUGCUGGAUAUGGUUGAUUCUGAUCAGGACCACAUAAUCAGCGAUCACGUAGUGCGGAUGCAUAGAUAUCGAAGUGCUACAGAACAAGAUGGUCAAGCUUUGCCCAUCUAUAGCAAUGUGGACAUGUUGACCACAAAAAAUCCGGAUAGCGUCGAGGCUGAGGAAUCGGAGACCACAGUCUUCGAAAAAUACGAUCCACUGUUACAUGGGAAAUCGCGUGCUAAAAAGGAUCAAAUUCUCAGUAUCAAAUUCAUGCGGAAAUAUAUUCAUAUUGCUCGUUGCAUGAAACCAAAACUAACAGAAGAAGCUAGUACUACCAUUGCAGACGAAUAUUCUAAACUGCGUUCAGAAGAAACCGUAGAGUCCGAUUUGGCCAGGACUCAACCAGUCACUGCACGUACGUUGGAAACGCUCAUUCGUUUGUCAACGGCUCAUGCGAAGGCCAGACUAUCAAAAAAUGUAACUAUCGAUGACGCACUUGCAGCCAUUGAACUAGUGCAAUUUGCAUACUUCAAGCGCGUCCUAGAAAAAGAGAAGAAGAAACGUCGUCGUCGUGACAGUGCCGUUUCGCACGACGAAGACGAUGAUGACGAUGAUCAAAGAAAAAAGAAACGUACCAGGAAAGGCAGAAGCACUGACGGUACUCAAGAUCCAUACAAUUUCGAGAGUGACGAUGAUUCUCACGUGGACGACGCCGUCAGGAGAAUCACGAGAUCGCAAAGUGAAAAGCAAGCAUCAACACCAUUGAACGAUACGGCUUCCGGUCCCAGUUCCGAGACCAUGGUUGUCGAAGAAACCGAAUCAGCCACUAUUACUGAUGAAAGAUUUAAAUUAUUCCGGACAAGUUUGCACAAGUUGUUCCAACAACAGCGAACCCAGACAUUACCCAUGUCGAGAGUUCAUGAAUACAUAAGCAAUCAGCACACACCAGAAUUUACACUCGGUGAGGUGACAGCUGCUGUCAACAAGAUGACAGACGCGAAUCAGCUGAUGCUCGCAGAUGACAAUGUCUUCCUCAUUUAACGAUACACAUGAGAGCGACACUGACGCCAAUUAAGAAUAAGAAUUAUUUUUUACCGAAGAACCGCCAUAUUAUUAUUCUUAAAUUUACCCAGUGCCAGUCGUUAACAAUAAUUGUCAACAUAUGAGAUUGUCGUCGACUAUGUAUAAAAUAUAUUUUUUCAUUUUUUUUCAGAAAA